GGAUGCACAUGAUGGCAUUGAUGUUUUUGUUGAUUUGUAAAAGUAAAUUUGUUCUGCUGCAAGAAUUAUUGUUGUCCGUAGAUCAAUUUUAAUUAAAUUAUUAUGUAAUGUUAUUUUAUCAUAUUAGUCUAAUUUUUGUUGUUAAAUAUUGAUGUCAAAAAUAUAUCAAGUCAUUUCUCCGUAAAAUGGCUAAUGAAGAAAUACACUGUCGAAAUCUUCCAAUGAAUUUCCUUCCACCUACUCCGCCUGGCUUGGAAGCUUUAUUUUUGUCAUGUCGCGGAAUAUACCCGGACCAGGCAAAUCCGCUUCAAGUAGCAGCCCUUGUCAAAUAUUGGCUUGGUGGACCAGACCCUUUGGACUAUAUUAGUAUGUAUUCUAAUCCUGGAAACCCCGAACAAGGCAUACCACCUCACUGGCACUACAUAAGUUUUGGAUUGUCAGACCUACAUGGCGAUGGCAGAGUGCAUGAAGUGACCGGACCUGACACGCCGAGCGGCUUUGGAUUUGAGCUGACUUUCAGACUGAAGCGUGAACCGGGGGAAACGGGGCCUCCCACCUGGCCAGCAACUCUCAUGCAAGCUUUAGCUAAAUAUGUCUUCCAAUCAGGGAAUACAUUGUGCCUGGGCGACCACGUGUCGUGGCACUGUGCCCUGGACAGCAGCAGCGAGUCUCGCAUCCAGCACAUGCUGAUGGGGGCGGAUCCACAGCUGGGCGUGGUGGCCACGCCCACCGGCUCAGUCCACUUUGUGCAGGUGGUUGGGGUGUGUCGCGAGGAGCUUGUCGCUGCCCAGCGCUGGAACGGGCCUGGCGUCCUAGACAUUCUGAGGCGGCUACCGGGAGCCGGUGGUCCAUGGCUAGUGACGGACAUGAGGCGCGGUGAGACAAUGCUGGAGUUGGACCCGACUGCGCAGGACGAGGUGGACCGAGGCAUCGAGGUGGAUGGAUCCAACCUGAGUGGAGUCAGUGCUCGCUGCUCCUGGGCCAAUGCCGAUAUGGCCACGCUACUACUCACAGGAAAUGGUGAUGAGAGGAGACAGAGCGACGACGAUGAAGGGGGUGGUGAUGGUGAAGUGGUGGGAGGAGGAGGAUGCCUGAGGGAGGGGCCGGCCACGCUUCUGCACGCCGAUGCACAAAUCAAGGCAGCAUUCAAGAAAGGAUCGCUAAAUCCCAGGCCUGUCCUACCUCCUAUCAAAUCACAACUACAGCCACAGGCAAAUGAAGAGGACACGUUAAGUAAAGAGUGGGAUGCUGAAAGUGGUGAAUCGACUGAACUACUGAGAACUCGCCACAUGGAGUCCCUUCAUCUAACUUUCAAUCUGGAAUCUGGUGUGCUCCUUCCUUUAGCCAUAAGAGGUCGAGUGAGACAUGGCCGCCACUUCACAUUCAAGUCGGUGUUGGGUGACACGGCCAUCACAAUAGUGGCGUCGACAGUGACAGGCACCUUCGUAGACGCCGACAAGCCCUACGUCGUGCAUGGCCCCUGGCUACAGGUUCUCAUCCCCGACGACUUUGUACAGGAGAUGAUCGACGUUCUAGAACCACUCAAUAAUCCUGAAGAGCUAACGCUACCAAAAACAUUCGUUUGGCCUGAAAGGAAACUGGCGAUAACAAUAGUUGCUGAUAACGAACUUCGAAUCCUAUAAUGUGUUCAACUACGUGCCUUAUUUACAUAGUAACUCGUCAUUUUGAUAGCAAUAUAAUCGGAAGCCAUGUGAUGGCUCACAUUUUUGAAGACAUUUAUCAUAGAUUUUACUGUAGUUUAAGUAGAAUUACUCACGUAUUGUGUGUCUUUGUCCUAACCCGAUUAACUCUCUACUUCAAUAAUGGAUUUUUUUAUUUAAUUUACAUUAUUGAUUUCAAACUCAUGUUGGAGCUUGCAUCAUCAAAACGAAAUAGUAUUUAAUAAUGUAUGAUGAAUGUCCAGCUAUAUUUUCAAGUACCUGUGUUAUUUCUUCGAUAUUGUUUAAAUCUUGGGUUUACUUAUUGAUAUCGUCAUCAACUCAAUUACAUUUCAUUUUAUGUAAAAAUAACUUUAUAGUUUUAAAAAUCUGUACAAAUCUAACAAGCAUUUAUACUUGUAUUUUAAUAAUUCAAGACUUGUAAAACUUCUUUUAACAAUUUUUCUUUUUUAUUGAUACUGCGAUAAUUGAAAUUGUGUGCCUAUUAUUAUUUGAUAGUUUCAGAUUGUAUAUUGUAUAGCAAUGUGAAUUCACUACUGCUGGAAAUGAUCAACAUUUUUACAAUUCUUUGUUUUUAAAUUAUAACACACUAGACUAUUGUCUAUCUAUCAUUCAGAUAGAUUUAUUUAUCUAAGUUUAUAUCGUGGAAAACUUGCGACUGCAAAAUGAACGAUACAAUGUUCUCAAUAACUUCGCUCAAAUUUAAAGUGUGUCAAAAUUUUACGUAGUUGAUAACUAGAACAAUGGAACUUCAUUUUAAAAUAUUCAUAUGUACUUGGGUAAAUGUUUAGGAUUCUAGUAUUCCUAUACAUAUUAGUGUUUACUUUCAGGUCAUGUCAAGUUCAGGAAUGCUGAGAUAUACAAAACAAUAACAAGUAUUUGUUGAUUAGAAUAAUUUCAAGAUCUAAUUUAAAUUCUAAACUGGCAUCAGUUUUAAUGUUUGAGGUGUUGUAACUCAAAAACCUCUCAAAAAUAGAAGUUUUGAAAUUACUUCACUCUAGUUUCUAACUAAUGACUUGGCAAGUUGUUCUAUUUUAUUUUAUUCAUUUAUUAUUUUUACAAGUUAGAGAUGACUGAACGGGAGAGAAAAACUAAAGCUGGGUUUACACGUUUAUCAUGUGUAUGAUAAGUUAUGUUUAAUCUAAUAGAAUCUAUAAGAAUGAAAUUAUUAACAUUUUGUUAAUAACUUUGGUGUAAACGCGGCUUAAGGAUACUCGUUGUAUUCAUUAUUUUUCUCCCAAAUUUAGAUAACAUUUUUAAAGUUCGAAAUAAGGUUAUGAUUUCACUCUUCUGAAAUUUAGUUCAUUUUCACUUAAAAACAACAAAAACUAAUAAUUUUAAAUUUUGACGGUUAAGAAACUAGAUAAAGCACAAAAAUAUUACACUCUAAUCAACAUUAAUUUAUUGAAAAACCUUUGCGUAAUUUUACAAAAUUUAGAGCCAAAAAACAACUCUACUAUUUCUAAAGUAUCCUACUACCAAAUGCUGUUAUACACAGCAAACAUUUCCCACUGAAGGUGAUCAACGCUAAUUUCGAAUUUGUCUAAGGAAUUUGAAAAAAAUCAGCAUUUCUUCAGUUGAAUGAAAAUUUCUAUAUUGAAUCAAAGCUUGAACUCAACUAUAAUUGGUAGUAGAGCAUCAAGAUCAACUCUACACAGUUUUUCAAAUAUAUUGAAGGAUCUUAUUGAGAUUGUUCAAAAAGAAUAAUUGAAUUAAAAUCAUUUGGCUAUCAUGCUUUGAAAUUGGAAUAUUAUGAAAUCUCUAUAAUAAUAAUUUAAAGGACAUUUUGAUAGAUCCUUUAUUAAAUAUAUUGUAUUGAUAUUAGUUAUAUUUUUGAAUAUAUAACUUGGUGUCAAUAUUUCAUCCAGUGGUAUUGAUAUAAAUUUGUACACUCAUUUUCUUCUUUUGUAAGAGAUGACCAACUUCUAAAAUCGUGUGAUAUUUUUUCUUAAUUGACAAUCAAACAUUAUGAAAUCCAGCUUUUAAAUAGCUCAAGUUAUUCUAUUUUAAUAUAUUAGAUUGGUUGGAUUGCUAAGUGCCUUCUCUUUCAGUGGAAACUUACAACAUACCUUCCUAUAAUACUGGCUUAUUGACUUAGUGAUUAUCAAAUAACAAGAUUAAAAAAUUCAAACUGACUUUUAUGAUCAAUUUUCUAUAUAAAUAUUUGGUAAACGGACCAAUUCUUUAUUUGUAUUGUUAGUUUUUCAUAAACAAUUGUAUCUCGGAUCAUCCUGGAUCAAAUAAGGAACUAUAGCAAACUUCAUUAUAUUAAUGAAAUUUUAUUAACUUGAUUAUCUAUAUCCCAUAAAGCGUUUUUAUUUGUUUCAAUAGAUCACCCACCGUGAUACCAUAAUUUUAUAACAAAUGCCAUCCAAUCAUACAUGAUCGUAUUUCAAGCUGCAAAAAUCUCCCUUGAAAAUGAGUGCGGUAGUCCAAAAUAGCAAUUAUUAUGCUUUUACUGCUCCAGCUUCUUAGCUAGAUAUUAUAGACAAAAAAGGUAUCAUUAAAAUAUAGAAUUAUUACCGAAUAGAUUGUAGUGUUUUCAUUUUUUUAUUGAUGAUGUAAAUAUAUUAUAUUAUUGUAAACCCAAUCUGCUCCUGCUUAAAUUCUCAGGUACAUGGUACAAUGAACUAUAAUUUUAACUUUAUUGCGAUUGUAAUUUAUUCAUGAGUUAUAUAUCUUGAUAGAUUUUAUUAUUUAAUUAUCAAUAAUUAUAUUUGAAUGCUUCCUUAGUUACUUUAUUACCUAUCAAUGUAUUAUGUACAGUAUUGUAAGUUAAUAUUUAUUUUGUACUCGCAUAUUGCAGUAUUACUAAAAAUUUAGAAUAUUUUAAAUUAUAGUGUUGACCAAUAAAGAAUUUAUUACCGUAUUA